AUGCCUGAAUCAUCACCACAAACCCACCUCCUAGCCUAUCCCUUCCCAUCAUCCGGCCACAUCAUCCCCCUCAUCGACCUCACCAACACUCUCAUCUCUCGCGGCAUAAACGUCACCGUUUUGCUCACCCCAUCCAACCAAACCUUACUCCCAACCAACCACUCCCCUCUCCUCCAAACCCUCAUCCUCCCCGAACCUCACUUCCCUAACCCGAACCAAAAACGCCUCUACACCAUCACCACCUUCAUGCGCCAACACCACUACCCCAUCAUCCUUAACUGGGCCCACACCGCUUCACCACCGCCAACCGCCAUCAUCUCUGACUUCUUCCUCGCCUGGACACACCACCUCGCGGCUGACCUCCAUAUCCUCCGCCUCAUCUUCUCCCCCUCCGGCGCCUACUCGCUCUGCAUCUCGCUCUCUCUCUGGCGCGACCUGCCUCAAAACGACAACGCGGAAGACCAAAACCACGUCGUUUCGUUCUCCAAUCUCCCGAAUUCUCCAGUUCAACCAUGGUGGCAGAUCUCUACCUUGUUCAGAGACAAGAGAGGUGAACCGGAAUGGGAAACUCACAGGGAGAACAUGAACCUGAACCUUGAAGCUUGGGGUGUCGUUUUCAACUCGUUUGUCGAGUUGGAACAAGGUUACAUUGAUCACGUGAAGAAAGAAUUAGGCCACGAAAGGGUUUGGGUUGUGGGCCCUCUUUUACUAGCUUCUGAUACGACUGAAUCGGAAGCCCAAGUAUGCGGCGGGUCCAGCACUGUCCCGUGCGGCGAUCUCACGGGAUGGCUGGACUCGCGCGUGGACGGUUCGGUUGUGUACGUCUACUUUGGGAGCAGGACUUUCCUCACGACGUCGCAAAUGGAGGUGUUAACACGCGCGUUGGAGCUGAGUGGGGUCCACUUUGUGUUAUCGGUGAGGGAGCAGGGUACGGUGCCGUGUGGGUUUGCGGAUCGGGUGCGGGAAUGGGAACGGGGACUGGUGAUUGAGGGAUGGGCCCCGCAGGUGUUGGUGCUGAGUCAUCGGGUGGUAGGAGCGUUCUUGACUCACUGCGGAUGGAACUCGGUCCUUGAGGGGCUAGCUAGUGGGGUGGUGAUGCUGACGUGGCCGAUGGGUGCGGACCAGUUCACGAAUGCAAAGCUGCUGGUGGAUGAGAUGGGUGUGGCGGUUCGGGCGGCAGAGGGGACGGUGGAAGUUCCGGAUGCAAAGGAGUUUGCAAAGAGGAUUGCAGGGGCGUUGGGGAGGACGGAGGUGAGGGUGCGAACUAAAGAGUUGAGAGAGGUUGUCGUGGGUGCGAUUAAGAAAGGUGGGAGUUCUUAUAACCAGUUGGAUGGGUUUGUGAAGGAGCUCAAUGAACUUAAGAAUGAAUGAGCAAUUCACCAUUUUAAAGA